CAGGGUCCCCCCGGCCGUCUUCUCCCCCGGCAGGGUCCCCCAACCCACCUUCUCCCCCGCAGGGUUCCCCAGCCCGCCUUCCCGGCGGCGGGAGCGGCGGCCCAGGCCGGCGGGCGGAGGCGGCGCCACCCGGGGCGCUGACGUAGAGGCCGCUCGGCGGCCGGGGGUCCCUUCGGUGGGGCCGCGGCUCCCCGCCCGCCGCCCCCGCGCGUCCAUUCCCUUUUGUGUCCCGCGCGCGGCCCGUCCCCCGCGCACACUAGCGCCCUGAGCCCCGCGGGCCGGCGGGCGGCUCCCGGCGCGGCCCCUCCAGCUAGCGCGCCCGGCAUUGUGUGGACGCGCCUGGCCGGGAGCGCGCGCGGGGGCUGUCGUGCGCCCCCGUCCCCGUCCCCUCCCGGCCGCGGCGCCGCCUGCGCCCCGCCGCCCCCGCCGCCCCCGCGCGGCCCGGCCCCCGGCCCGGCCCGGACCGACCCGGGCAGCGCAGCGGCGGGGCCGAGCGGCGGCGCGGCGCGGCAACAUGGCGACGGUGCCCGUGUACUGCGUCUGCCGGCUCCCCUACGACGUUACCCGCUUCAUGAUCGAGUGCGACGCCUGCAAGGACUGGUUCCACGGCAGCUGUGUUGGGGUGGAAGAGGAGGAGGCGCCCGACAUCGACAUAUACCACUGCCCGAACUGUGAGAAAACCCAUGGGAAGUCCACCUUAAAGAAGAAGCGGACCUGGCACAAACACGGCCCGGGGCAAGCGCCUGACGUCAAGCCCGUGCAGAAUGGCAGCCAGCUCUUCAUCAAGGAGCUGCGGAGCCGGACCUUUCCCAGUGCUGAAGACGUGGUGGCCCGUGUGCCAGGAAGUCAGCUCACGCUGGGCUACAUGGAGGAGCACGGCUUCACCGAACCCAUCCUCGUCCCUAAGAAAGACGGGCUGGGUCUGGCUGUCCCGGCCCCCACGUUCUAUGUCAGUGACGUCGAGAACUACGUGGGGCCAGAGCGGAGUGUGGAUGUGACAGAUGUCACCAAGCAGAAGGACUGCAAGAUGAAGCUGAAGGAGUUUGUGGACUAUUACUACAGCACCAACCGCAAGCGGGUCCUCAACGUCACCAACCUCGAGUUCUCUGACACCCGAAUGUCCAGCUUCGUGGAGCCACCUGACAUUGUGAAGAAACUGUCAUGGGUAGAAAACUACUGGCCAGAUGAUGCAUUGCUGGCCAAGCCCAAAGUGACCAAGUACUGCCUAAUCUGCGUGAAGGACAGUUACACUGACUUCCACAUCGACUCUGGGGGCGCCUCUGCCUGGUACCACGUGCUCAAGGGGGAGAAGACCUUCUAUCUCAUCAGGCCGGCCUCGGCCAACAUCUCCCUGUAUGAGCGCUGGCGGUCUGCCUCUAACCACAGCGAGAUGUUCUUUGCCGACCAGGUCGACAAAUGCUACAAGUGCAUCGUCAAGCAGGGCCAGACCCUCUUCAUCCCCUCAGGCUGGAUCUACGCCACACUCACCCCUGUGGACUGCCUGGCCUUCGCGGGACAUUUCCUCCACAGCCUGAGCGUGGAGAUGCAGAUGAGAGCAUAUGAAGUGGAAAGGAGGUUGAAACUGGGCAGCCUGACUCAGUUUCCCAACUUUGAAACUGCAUGCUGGUACAUGGGGAAGCACCUGCUGGAGGCAUUCAAAGGCUCUCACAAAUCUGGGAAGCAGCUGCCCCCUCAUCUAGUCCAAGGAGCUAAAAUUCUCAAUGGUGCUUUCCGAUCGUGGACGAAGAAGCAGGCUUUGGCAGAGCAUGAGGACGAGCUCCCGGAGCACUUCAAACCUUCACAGCUAAUCAAAGACCUGGCCAAAGAGAUCCGGCUCAGUGAGAAUGCCUCCAAAGCCGUCCGACCGGAAGUGAAUACUGUCGCCUCGUCAGAUGAGGUGUGUGACGGGGACCGGGAGAAGGAGGAGCCCCCGUCUCCCAUUGAGGCCACGCCGCCUCAAUCCCUCCUGGAGAAAGUGUCCAAAAAAAAGACUCCCAAAACUGUGAAGAUGCCCAAGCCGUCCAAAAUCCCCAAGCCCCCAAAGCCCCCUAAGCCCCCAAGGCCCCCAAAAACGCUGAAGCUCAACGAUGGAGGCAAGAAGAAAGGGAAGAAGUCCCGGGAGUCAGCCUCACCCACCAUCCCCAACCUGGACCUGCUCGAAGCCCACACCAAGGAGGCACUGACCAAGAUGGAGCCGCCCAAGAAGGGCAAGGCCACAAAGAGCGUCCUGAGUGUGCCCAACAAAGAUGUGGUUCACAUGCAGAAUGAUGUGGAGAGGCUGGAAAUUCGAGAGCAAACCAAGAGCAAGUCAGAGGCCAAGUGGAAGUACAAGAACAGCAAACCCGACUCCUUACUGAAGAUGGAAGAGGAGCAGAAGCUAGAGAAGUCGCCUCUAGCUGGAAACAAAGACAACAAGUUCUCUUUUUCUUUCUCCAACAAGAAACUCCUUGGCUCCAAGGCUCUCAGGCCCCCGACGAGCCCUGGUGUGUUCGGGGCCUUGCAGAACUUCAAGGAGGACAAGCCCAAGCCCGUGCGGGAUGAGUAUGAGUAUGUGUCGGACGACGGUGAGCUCAAGAUCGACGAGUUUCCCAUCAGGAGGAAGAAAAACGCCCCGAAAAGGGACUUGUCCUUCUUGUUGGAUAAGAAGGCUGUGCUGCCCACGCCUGUCACGAAGCCAAAGCUGGACUCGGCAGCGUACAAGAGUGAUGACUCCUCGGACGAGGGUUCGCUGCACAUCGACACAGACACCAAGCCCAGCCGCAAUGCCAGAGUCAAGAAGGAGAGUGGGAGCUCGGCAGCUGGCAUCUUGGACCUGCUGCAGGCCAGUGAGGAGGUCGGCGCGCUGGAGUACAACCCCAGCAGCCAGCCCCCGGCCUCCCCCAGCACACAGGAAGCCAUUCAGGGAAUGCUGUCCAUGGCCAACCUGCAGGCCUCCGACUCCUGCCUGCAGACCACGUGGGGCGCUGGCCAGGCCAAGGGGAGCUCACUGGCUGCCCAUGGUGCCCGGAAGAAUGGGGGUGGCAGUGGCAAGAGUGCAGGCAAACGACUGCUGAAGAGGGCUGCCAAGAACAGUGUCGACCUGGACGACUACGAGGAAGAGCAGGACCACCUGGAUGCCUGCUUCAAGGACUCAGACUACGUUUACCCCUCACUGGAGUCAGAUGAAGACAACCCCAUCUUCAAGUCCCGGUCGAAGAAAAGGAAAGGCUCAGACGACGCUCCCUACAGCCCAACAGCAAGGGUCGGCCCAUCGGUGCCAAGACAGGACAGGCCUGUGCGUGAGGGUACACGGGUGGCUUCCAUCGAGACCGGGCUGGCGGCCGCUGCAGCUAAGUUGUCCCAGCAGGAGGAGCAGAAAAGCAAGAAAAAAAAGAGUGCCAAGAGGAAGCUGACUCCUAACACCACCUCCCCUUCCACCUCCACCUCCAUCUCUGCCGGCACCACCUCCACCUCCACCACGCCAGCCUCUACCACCCCUGCCUCCACCACACCGGCCUCCACCACCCCGGCCUCCACCAGCACGGCCAGCAGCCAGGCCUCGCAGGAGGGCAGCUCGCCAGAGCCCCCGCCUGAGUCGCAUAGCAGCAGCCUGGCGGACCAUGAGUACACAGCCGCUGGCGCCUUCACGGGGGCCCAGGCUGGCCGCGCCUCCCAGCCCAUGGCCCCUGGGGUCUUUCUCACACAGAGGCGGCCCUCCGCAUCGUCUCCAAACAACAACACUGCUGCCAAAGGAAAACGUACGAAAAAGGGCAUGGCGACCGCCAAGCAGAGGCUUGGGAAAAUUUUGAAAAUUCAUCGGAACGGGAAACUACUCCUUUAAGAUUUGGAAAGCCAGGAUCCUUCUGCUCCGCUCAGGACCCCCGGAGCCCCGCGAAAACAUCUGCCUCCCAGGAGGGUGCCGAGCUGCCUCACCAGGGAGGGCCUUGCCUCUUCCCGGCUGCCAUCUCCCCAACAAGCGUCUGUCCCUUCAGCCGGCAGAGCGAGCCCAGCAUGGCCCCUCAAUUUGAAAAUGGACGUCUUUUCUCAAGUUGCUAAGAGUGACCUGUCCCAGAAAAGCGGCCCUGCAAGUUUGAGGACUGCUUAUUCCACUUUAAGGACAGCCUUCAGGCCCCCUGAGCGUGGGUGUGAUUGCAGGGCCUCUGCAGCUCUGCUGAGAGCAUGAGUCCUUCAAGGAAGGCAGAGUGAGCCAAUGCUCACCAGCCCCAGAGUCAGAGCUGGCCACAGGCUGGCAGCCUCCAGGGGCUUAAAAAAAAGGCAAAGAACGCAGAAAAAGGAGGAGCAAGUGGGAUGUUUAUGUCCCCCCUUCUCUUCCUGAGUGAUUCGCAGCCAAGUCCAGACAGUGCUCAGCGGGCGAGGAAGGGUCUGCCCCGAGCUUUCUGGUUGGCAGGUGGCAGCAGGAUGGUGGGUGUUCAGCCUGAAUGCCCAGGAGCAUUUCUUGGGGGCAGCUAAGACUGGCAGCUGGGUUGGUGUGUUAGCGGGCAGGGGAGCCAUUGUGGGGUCCCCAGGAAAGGGCAAGGGCUCAGCCACAUCUUGGGGUCUGGGAGGCCCAGGCUAAGCCAUGUGGCAGGGACCGUCUUGCCCUGCUGGCCACACUCUGGAGAAGCACUUCUCAGCCAAGGCACCCCUGCCCUGGGACUGGCAGGGCAGGGGCAGGGGCAGGGACAGCGGCCAGGUGGCCCGAGGAUUUACGGUCGGCACUUCUCUGUUCUCCCGUGUCAGCGUGUGGUGUCGCCUGCAUGGGUCGUACCUGGAUGGUGUGUCCACCAUCGACACGGAGGGGCUGGAUUUGUUUCUCAGGCAAUCCUGUAUUUUAAUUUUAGAUGUAUUUCCUGAAGCAUAUUUUUCAUAGAAUGUAGCGUGUAAAUAGCUUUUUAAAUAACUUCUUUUUUAUAAGAGUAAAAGUAUCUUUAGGAAUUUCUUUCUAUAGAGUUCUUCAUUAACAUUUAUACGAGUUUUUUGCUGAGUCAGAUGGACAGUUGGGUUCUGAUGCUUUUUCCUUCUCCUUUCCUUUUAUUAUUAUUAUUUUUUUCUUUUAAGAACUAAGGUAUUGCCUGAAAAACAAGUGAUGUCUGUGCAGCCUUACACUCUGUCUUUACAGAAGCAAAUAGUACACAAAAGAUCUAUUUCAGACACAUUUUGAAGAUGAGUCUUCAACUUUAAUACCAGCUCUUUGUUUUCCUUGUAUGAUGAGGGGAUUGGGGGAUACAGUUAUUUUACUAGCACCUUGUGAAGUGUUUCCGUGUUUUGUGAUGCUGUAAUUUAUUAAUGUUUGUAGCUUUUUAUAUUUGUACAUUUCUUAUGAGCUUUGUUUAUAUACCCAUUACCUGGAUGUUUUGUCCACGGGGAGAGGCAGCUUGGUGGAGGCCUUAUCCACUCCCACUUGUCCUGUUUGGAGGGACGCAGUCCCUAGGGCCCGAGGCUGGGUGGGAGAGGGGGAGUCUCGCGGGGCCCCAGGCUUAUUCAGAACUGGUGUUUUUAAAGUUUCCUUUACCCUGCCCUUGUUGAACAUUUAUAUAAUCUAACCUGGACAUCAAGCUGUUCUCUCUCUCUCUUUUUUUUUAAUUUUAUUAUUAUUAUUUUGGCAACAUGUACAUUUCUAACAAAGUUUAUCGUGGCUAUUAAAGUGUUUUAUUUCCCAAUUCAUAUUACUCUUGUAUCGAGUCCAUGAGGUCUAAGGCAACUUAGAUCAAAGUUUUAAAAAAGUAAAAAUAUUUCAGGUUUUGUACAGAA